UCUACCUUCCCCCCUCUCUCUCUCCCUCUCUCUCUCCACAACACAAAUUAGCGACUCGGAACUGAAAACGAAGAGGAAGAUUAUUCAACGGUGGAAAUUAAUAUUUUCUGAAGUCUGAAAACUUUACACAGGACGACUAUUCGUGUUACCAUUCGAGAUAUUGGAAGUGACACUACAUGAAAUGAAUUCUAAAGAACUAUUACUAAACGAAAUAUGUUGAAAUAUUUUGAACAACUCAGACAACCUUCGAUUUCUUUCCUUUUGUUAUGUUUUUGUCUUUGACUCUAAAACAGGACGGUACUUCUUUGGAUUUUACCUGGAAUGAUUAGAAAACUCAGAGACGAGCCAAGUUCGCUGUCAUCAAGCGGAGGUUUUCAGUUUAAACACUCUGUUUUGACUUGUUUUUGUUUUCAUGUGCCCAUGAAUGUGUGAAUUAAUUUUUGCACUAUUUUUGACUUUCCAAUUCUAUUUUAAAUUACAUAUAUUUUAUUUUGAGCUUUCUUACAUAUUUUACAAAACAUGGAAAAUGUUUCCAAAGAUAUUUUGAUGGGACCAUCUCCUGUCGGUGGAGAUAGCGUGGAGUUUUGGAAAUAUCUAAAAGUAUUACCAGUCAUUACUCUAACUUUAAUUACACUUAUUGGUAACGGACUGGUCACUAUAAUGUUUAUUCGCUACAAACAACUUCGGAAAUGUAAGAACAUUUUCAUUGUCAGCCUUGCAUUUGCUGACUUUCUCAUUGGAUGUACGAUGCCUGUUUACAUACUUGAAGAACUAGGAGGAAGAUUAUGGUCAAUACAAGGGCCUUUCUGCAGGGUGUUCCUCAUGUUUCGAUAUUCAUUGUUCUAUAUCUCUCUACUUAGUAUCAUGCUGAUAUCUGUAGAUCGAUGGUGGUCUAUAAACCACCCAUUUUCCUAUCGAGUCCGUCAAAGCAGAAAACUUGCUCUCUGGUCUGUUUUGUUCAGCUGGGGACUUAGCUUUGCUAUUUAUGCUCCACCAACACUUGGAUGGAAUGAUGUCGACCAUAGUAAAAACCAAGUAGUUGUCACACCAAAAACAUUGUUUUCUAUAUUAUCAUCUACCGUUGGACCAAUUGCUUCUGAAACUACACCUUCACAACCUGUAAUCUCCAUUGAUAGUACCCAAGUGACUUGCCAUGCCCCAUUUGAAAAUAAUCUAAUCUUCAUUGCGUUGACUUCUAUUAUCUUAUAUUUGUUACCGUUACUAGCUUUGUGGAUAAUUAACGCUAGUAUUUAUUUUAAGAUUAGUCAGCGGAAAGGAAUGAAAAUUCGACGAUCUCUAAGCACAUCGGACACUUUCUUCCUCAAUUACCGAAAAUCAUCCUCAGAAUCGGAUACUAUGGGGCAGCUGGAAGAGUUUCUUGACAACAUGCUACCAAAUAUUCAUCGGAAAGGAAGCAAUGUUGGUGGUAUGUUAAUAUGUGAUGAAAAAAGAAACUCUUUUGUGGGUCCUUUAUCAACGAGACGAAAUCCACUAAGUCACUAUGUAUCGAAUACCUCAGCAUUCGCACAAUAUGCUCGAAUCAUUCAACAUAAGAGACAUGUUUCUUUCGAUGCUACUGGAAUGAUGAUGCCUGUUACAAAACAGAAGCGAUACUCUAUUAUUGGGUUAACCAAGGGUGGAAGCACCAGUAGUAAUAGCAGCAGCAGCAGUAGCGGUUCCUCCAGCUCCGGUAGCCGUAGUGGUUUGGCUCUGCGCCGUCAAAGUGAUGAUUUGGUUAAAGACAUGUUCGUCAAACAGGACAAGAAAGCUGCCUGCUCGCUGGGCUUUCUUGUACUAGUUUUCACACUUUGUUGGACACCAUACACCGUGUGCAGCAUUUUGAGAUCUGCCUACGGGAGUUGGUAUAUACCGUCUCUUGCUAUGACAAUAAGUUAUUGGGUUCUCGCCACCAACUCUGCCAUCAAUCCUUUCCUUUAUGGCCUCUGCAACAGUGACUUCCGUAAAGCAUUUAGGUCUUGGUGUAAAAAUCGAAACUCUAAACAAAGACGCUUCGAAGAAGCUCUUCUUUAUUAUGGAAUCCCACAAAAUAAUGAACCGGAAGUAAUACAUGAACAAACUUCUUCGACUCCGUCCCAUGAUUCCCGCAAAAUUCCUUGAGUGAUUAAAAAAACGAUAACAAGGAGGGAAACACAUUUCUAAGCGCAAAUAAUUUCUUACGGUUAGAGUUUAGGUGAGGUCAUCCAUCGCAGUAAUAUGGGACAGAUCCUUUAUUUAAAUCGACCGAAAACCGCGAAGAUAUUGUUUGAAAAUUCAAUCUAAGAAAUCAAAUGAGCAUUGUGACUGAAGCAAAUAGAAUUCCUACGUGCAUUUUAAGAAUUAAAAUCAACGGAUGUGCAAAAAGAAUAAAAAGAGGUGAAGCCCAAAUAUCAUGAAGUUUGGCAUAUACUUGUUAACUAUAUUUGGACAAAUAAAACUACCAAAAUGGGAACAAAUCUGUUAUCAACAGAUACCAUGUGUUUUGGAACCAUUAACCAAAAGAAAUUAACUGACUCUAAAAAACAAAACUCUUUUUGUUUUGUUUUUGUUUUUGUUUAUGUUUCGUAUUCUUGUAUUUUUCUUAACUUUUUCUUUUGUUAUUGAAGAAAAUCAAACUUUAUAUGAAUGAUUUUUUUCAAGUAUGAAUGGACAGUCCGAUUUUCAUCCCCAUUAUCAUCACUACAAUUAACAUUAUUAUAUUGUUGUUGUUAUAUACAUUUUUAUACUGUCAUGUUUAUCAUACUAUCAUAACUAACGUCUUCAUUAUCGCGGAAAAGCCGACAUCAUUUCCAUCAUUAUCAAUAUUUAUAGGCUUCUACUACUUUUGAAAUCUUAUUUAUAUUUCUAAGCAUUUUACUCAUAUAUUACCUUCACUUAUGACGUCAGAUGAGUUGUUGUCAAUGUACUAAAUAUAGAUUAUAUUCAAUCUGGAUGUCAUUCCCGUGCGACAAAGUCAGAAACCACGCAUAAACGUGAAGUACACUUUUUUUAAAGCCUACACAUAAUCAAUCUCAUUAAGUCACGCAAUGAUACAUUUAUGCCCGCCUGACACGUGCGUAGACAUAUACACUACAGCUAGAGACACCCACACACAAAUGAACAUCUGUGCGUGUGUGUAUGUGCAUGUACGAAUGUAUGUGUACAUGUAUGUGUAUGCAUGUGUAUGUAUAUA